AUGCAAGGCCUCAAGCGGGCUGCCUUCCUCAUCCUCGCCGUCGUUGCUGAUAGCUCGCAUGGCUUCCAGUUCUUAGGAUCUCCUGCCCUCCGAGAUCCGGACGAUUACGUCCUCUACGAUGACAGGUGGGUGCAGCUGGGCCUCCUGUCUCUACUUGCCCUCCUGUCGGACUGGGCUUGCUUCGCCGCUGUAGGGGGGCCGAAGACGUGGGUCUCUUCCUUCCAUCACAAUCCAGACGAGCUGAUCGAUCUCUUCCUGUUCUCCAACGUGAUCAGCUGCUUCCUCUUCACCGAUGUCAGCAGGAGGUUCGGGCUCAAGAAGUCCGUCACCUGGGCUGCUGGCCUGAUGACCCUGGGGUGUGCGUUACGUUCAGGGCUGUCGUUUCUCCCUCCUUUCGACAGGUACGACUGGGUUGUGCCGGACUACCUCUUUGAGAUCACUGGCACAAUCCUCAUCGGAAUCGCCCAGCCGUUUUUCCAAUGCUCCCCUCCUCAGCUGUCCGCGACCUGGUUCGGAUCGAACGAGAGGGCGCUAGCCACGGCAGUUUGUCUGAAUGCAAACCAGCUGGGGAUUGCCACGGCGUUUGUGGUGGGUGGCACGAUGCUCAAUGGGAAAGUUCCGGAAGCGCUGGAUGAAUACCUAACCAUGAUCACCUUCGCGUCCCUUGCUGUCUUCGGAGGGACCGUCGCCUGGUUCAAGGACAGACCGCCGACGCCUCCGACAUCGUCUGCGGCCAGGGCGGCCAAGGAAGAGGACGCGCGACAGAAGGCUCUGGCUGAAGGAAAGGACGUGGGCCCCUUCUUCACGUAUCCGCAGACUGCUCUAUCGCUCCUGAGCAACAAGGGUUUUUUGCCGCCGCUUGCAGCCUUCGUGGCUUCUAUCGGCGUCACCAACGUUGUCUCAGCAUUCACCUCCGAGACCAUGCACAGGGCAGGUUUUGUUCGGGAGGCCAUCAUCGAUGAGAUAGGAGCUGGCUUCCAGGUGGCCAUCAUGUUGGGUGGGAUCCUCCUUGGACGAUACGUCGAUCGCACGAAGCAGUACAAGGGAGUCACGCUCGCCUGCUUCGGCCUCACCAUUUCCACUCUAUCCCUCCUGGGGAUCGCCGAGGGUUAUGACAUGAACUUGCCGGGCUGGGUGGUUGUGUCCAGCCUCAUCGCUCUCGGCGCCUCCGCCGGGCCUGUCCAGCCGAUCAAUGCCGAGCUUGCCGUGGAGGUGACCUACCCGUCCGACGAAAAUGCUGUCGAGGCGACGCAGCAGCUCUGCGGCAACUUUUUCUCGGCCCUGCUCGUUCCCAUCUGCGUGACAGCCUCUCAGCUGGACUUCAAGAUCCUGCCAGGCAUCGGACCCAACGAGGAUGUGCGAGGAGACACCCUCGUCCUCAUUGCCCUCGCCUCGGUGGUGGCGCUGAUUUUUUCGACCUUCAACGCCGAGCUCAAGCGAGAGGCGUUGGACUCUCACCAUCAUCACGAGUGAGGGCCACAGCAAUGAAGGGCGGGAGGAGGAGGAGGCGAUCGGACGCUUUUAACGCAUCUUCAGAGUAGCAUGUUGUACUCCCGGUCUUGUGACAUAUUUCUGAAAUAUCUC